CUGGUGUAAAUAUUUAGAGCAAUUGCAACAACGACACAGCUAUCCUUUUCAUACCCUCAACCAAACCACAGCAAUUAAUCCCCCCACCACCAAAAUGGCGACCACAACAACCUCCACCAACUCAGCUUCAUACGGAGACUGCGUCGCCGCCCUCCGCACCUCUCUCUCCUUCCUCGAGUCCUCAGUAUCUACGCUCGGCACCGGGAUCUCAGACUUCCCACGCCUCGUCAACGUCCUCAAGAGCGUUCGCCACUACGAACUAAUCCCCCAACCAACCCUCGUAGCCGCCGAAUCCUCGCUACGCGACGAAAUCGGGCCCGCAAUAACCACCCUCCUCGACCGCGCCGACACCCACGUCGAGCGCGUAGAGCGACGCAUCGAAUCGCUCAAAGCGAAAUCGGAACUGCAACAAGGUCGACUUCUACGCUCUUCAUCGCCCACGCCUCCUCGCUCUACCAACCGCAACGCGGGCAAAGCAACAAGCACAAGCAGUAGUUACGGCGGUGGACGUAGAGCGAGUUUACCUGGGGACAGACUGACGGUUGAGACGAAGCUGCGGGCGCGGCAGCGCGAGGCGUUGCAGUAUAGUGUUGAGCGCAUUGAGUUGGAGGUUUUGCAGAAGGAGAGGGAGUUGCGGAAGAGGCUGGAUGCGGCGGCUUGAAGGCAUACUGCUGCGUCUUUAUGUGAGAUGAUAUGAUACGACGUGCUAUAUGAUAACGGUUUUGGUUUUGGUUUUGGUGAGAUGGGAUGCUGGACUCGGUUUACGGGCAGAAGGAGCUUUUAGUCGGUUCCGGAGAAGAGUUUGUUUGGACUCUCUAAUAUUGUAUUACGCAUAUAUAUUACGGCGGAACGAAAGAAGCACCAGCAAUGCUUUGAGAAAGCUAACGGCGACUUCGAUUUCCGCCAAAACUGGGAGCUGGGCUGUUAGGUCUGGCUAUUCGAUUUACCGUCGCCAACACAAGGAAGAUAACACCCGAGACUGAAAUUCCAGGGUUUAACCAGAGGAUCAGAACGGCGAUCAGAUGCUCUUCGACUAACACGACAGGGGUUACCAUUCUAUAACAAUCUGAAUAAGCACCAAUGUUGGUCUGCUUACAGAACGGCAGAGGCAAAAUGCAAUAAUCGGAAACACCCGAAGAUCGACAUGGAGCCGCAGUCCUAGAUCUGACAUCUUAACGACAUGGGACCCAGCAGUUCGGAGAUUUUAGGAGCUUCAGAUAGCUAGGCCUAGAUCAAACUCAUACA